GAUAGAGUGUCGCUUGCAGAAGCUCUCAAGGUAGAGACCGUGGUAGGAACAGCUGUUUUUUCUCCUGGCUGGGAAAAAGGGAAACUGCUGGCAAGGGAAGGUGGACGAUAGAAAGCACCAUCGGCGACUGCGUAAACAAGUUUGGGAGAGAAGAGGUUUCAUCCAGGGGAAACCAUGGAGCAAGAGAGAGUUGGAGGCCAUCAGCUGGGAUUGUGUGUGCUUUGUGGUUUACCAGCAGCAGGUAAAACUAGGACAGCACAAGAACUGAGUUCCUUCUUGAGGACGCGCAAAGAAUGGUCUUGCAUUCUUCUCAGUUAUGACAAUCUCAUUCCUUUGGAAGCAUUCAGUCAAACAGAGAUUUCUCAUUGGCGAUCAUACCGGCAUGAAUUAUUAUUGUACCUUGAACACUUCCUUCAGGCUCUUAUUAAAGGAUGCCAUUACUUUCCUCCUUCCAACAGAACUGAAGCAAUGUGGAAAAGUUUUGUCUCCUGUUUGAUGGAACAAGGAUUAAUAUCUGCAGGAACAAAAGACUCUGCAUCUUGUCAAUAUUUAAUAGAUUUCAUUCCACUCAGGCCAAUAUAUUUUAUUUUAGAUGACAACUUUUAUUAUCAGAGCAUGAGAUAUGAAGUGUACCAGUUAGCUCGCCAGUAUUCGUUGGGCUUCUGUCAAUUGUUCCUAGACUGCCAGGUUGAAAUUUGUUUAGAGAGAAAUGCUCAGAGAAAGCAGCCAUUACCUGAAGAAACCAUAUUUGCAAUGGCACAAAAGUUAGAAUGUCCAAAUCCAAAGAAAUACACAUGGGAGCAAAAUAGCCUUAUUCUGAAAAGUGCUGAAUUUUCAUUAGAAGAUAAUCUUCAGGUGUUUAAUUUGUUAUCUUCUGCUUUGGAAAAUCCAGUAAAACCCAUGGAAGUGAAUACAGAAGAAAAGGAGAUGGAUCGGGCUAUAUGUGCAGGCAAUGUUCUUCAUCAAGCUGAUCAAGCUCUCAGGCGAAUAAUCUCUGAAACAAUGCAAAACGCUAAAGCCAAAAGUCUUACUCCAAGCGAGAUGAAGAUUUUGUCAGAGGAGCUCAACAAGCAGAAAAUAAAAUUCUUAGAAAAUUUAAAACAAAAGACUAAUAAAGAAAAGCAGUUCUAUGUAGAAAAUAGCAUAUUUAAUAUAACUUCUGUAUUUUCCCAAGAGACAGAUGAUAUUGUUAAAAAGUAUUUAAAUAAACAGUAGCAUUUUAUUUUGCUUCAUAAAGUGGUAUCAAUUGUGUGAUGGAAAUUUAACAACAAUAAAACUAUAAUAGAU